GAGGAGAGAGAAAAAGGCGCUGCUCCUGCGGAGGGAUACAGCGCCGCAUAUAAAAAUGCGGCCGCGCAGCCUCACACCUACAGCAUUUUUGGCGACGCGAAAAGAAAGCGAGAGCUGCUAGGAGCCGCCCGCCUUCUCCACCUUCGCCCGUGCACAGACACCGCCACCAGCCGCAAUGGCCGAUCAGCUGACAGAAGAACAGAUUGCUGAGUUCAAGGAAGCCUUCUCUUUAUUUGACAAAGAUGGUGAUGGCACCAUCACAACAAAAGAACUUGGGACUGUCAUGAGGUCGCUGGGUCAAAAUCCUACAGAAGCAGAACUACAAGACAUGAUUAAUGAAGUAGACGCUGAUGGCAAUGGCACUAUUGACUUCCCAGAGUUCUUGACCAUGAUGGCCAGAAAAAUGAAGGACACAGACAGUGAGGAAGAAAUUCGUGAAGCAUUCAGAGUCUUUGACAAGGAUGGUAAUGGUUACAUCAGUGCGGCAGAACUACGUCAUGUUAUGACAAACUUAGGAGAAAAGCUAACAGAUGAAGAAGUAGACGAAAUGAUCAGAGAAGCAGAUAUUGAUGGAGAUGGACAAGUCAACUAUGAAGAGUUCGUACAGAUGAUGACUGCAAAAUGAAGAGACCUCCUUUCACCUUUUUUUCCUCUAGAAGAAUCAAAUUGAAUCUUUUACUUACCUCUUGCAAAAAAAUGUUCAUUUAUUCAUUCUGUUUCUGUAUAGCAAAACUGAAUGUCGAAAUACCUUCUGUCCACAAACUGCAUGUAAUGGUUGGUGGUCCUGUUCCCAAAAGAUGAAGUUAAACAUCAGUUUUUCCCAAUAUAAAUAAUUGUAUUACCUUUUAAAAACAAGAAAGCACUUAGGGAACUCCUCAAGGUUCCAUUUGCUAAUAACUAUUACACUGUUUGGGCUGGCCAGUUUUUCAUGCAUGCAGCUUGACAAUUGAGCACAGUCAGACGUUUGUAUUAAAACAGUUUUAAAAAAGAGAGAAAAAAAUUCUUAAAAGUAAUUAUCCACUCUUCUGUCCAAAAGUGGAUUCUGGCUCAAUUUGUAGUUAUAAAUUGUCAUAGCUGGUAUACUUUCAAAUUGGUUUAUACCUCAGGAUGGUAUGCAGCAAAAAUAGCUGGGGUGCAAAAAGUUUAGAGGGAACCCCCCAAAGAUGGAAAAGAUUCUCCUGUAUGUAGUAGCAGUGUGUCCUUCCCACCCGCCCCCCAUGCAGCGGAGGCUAUGGAUGGCAUGUUUGUGUUAACAUUGGUUUUAAUAUUGUCUGCAUUGCACUAUUGUGAAACGGGUGUUGGGCUGUUACCGUUCACAAAACUUUUUUAAAAAAUAAAACCUCCACCAAGGGGCAGGAGUAUCUUUUGGACACACAACUCUCUCUCUCUUGCAUUUUUAAAACCUUCCGUAAUGAGACUUGGAGCUGGCGGAGUAGCCUGUGGACUUCAGCACAACUAUCAACAUCACUGUUCAAGAUAUUACAGUUAUGUCCAUUCCAAGUUGUAAAUGCUAGUCUUUUUUUCCAAUAAAAGACCAUUAACUUAAAA